AUGCCUCCGAGGAAGAAACCCAACUCUUCUGCUUCAUCUUCUUCUUCGUCUAAGAAGCCGAAUCUUCAACCUUCCAAGUUCGGCAUCCAACACUUCUUCGAUCGACACACCCUCCUCACCUCUCAGAAGCUCCAAGCCAACAAUGCAAAUCCCAAUACACCCGUUGUCGGGGUUCCCACCUCCGAGGUUGUUUCCGGUACCUCCAAGGUUGUUUCUAAUACCUCCGAGGUUGUUUCCGGUACCUCCGUUCCUCUCCGACGCGGAAAACCUAACGACGAAGAGGGUCCAAAUUCGCAGAAUACUCCGCCCGAGAAUUCGGUGUCUUGGAGGACUAAUGCGGCAGAGACUCUCUCCGAGGUGUCUCCAGAGAUGUCCAAGUCUCUCUCGCUUAAGCGCUUCAAAUUCUCACCUGGGAUGUUUGUCAAGCAGAGCCAGGAUGAUGGGGUUGAUGAGGUUACAUGGAAGAUAUCCCCGAUGAAUGAAAGGCUCCAAUCAGUUUCAAAACACAUGCCUAAUAUAAUCAAAGCUUUGGCUGACUCUUCCAGAAUCAACUUUUUGCCAAUUCGCAGCUGCUCAGAAGAUAAGGCAAAUGGCAAAGUUGAAAAGUUUCUUACUUCACCAACUCCUAAGGCUUCUGCAAAAUCUCUGGUGUCAACGAGUAAGUUAGGCUUGAAAAGAAUAAACCCAGGCCAAGAUGCUGAUUUUAACGUCAAUGCAACUAUUGUGAGUAACUCUGGAGUAGCUGGUGGACAGAGUCCCUUCAGAACUCCACCAUCUUUGUCUUAUAGCCAUGAUAAGCUUGCCAAAGAUAUUGAACAUGGUGGACCAGCUGAUCAGCUUUACUUAAGACAGCACAAAAAGGCAUUGCUUGAACUGUUAGAUCAAGUUGAAGAUGCCAUUUCUGUUGACAAUGCUACAGUUUAUAAUAAAAGUACUUAUUCCUCUAAAUCUCAAAAUGGAAUUGCUGAUAAGCUCCCUGUCCGAGCCAACCAUGCGGGAGAAGUUGUUAGUGUUUUCUCCAAUACUAAUUAUUUGGUUUUGGAGGUGUCUGAUAAACGUAGGCCUGCUGAAUCAUCUGCUGCUCAAUGCCCAUACAAGGUGCUACGUUUACUAAAUGAACAAACUGGAGAAGAGCGGGCUGUAAACUUGUGGGAUGAGUGGUCUUACAGUGUAAUUGCACCUGGAGAUACUGUGAACAUAAUCGGUCAAUUUGACGAAGGGGGAAAUUAUGAUAUUAAUCAUGAUAAUAAUUUUUUGAUUAUACACCCAGAUAUUCUGGUGUCUGGAACACGGGUUGCUGCCAGUUUUAGUUGCCCAAGGAGAACAGUCUUAGAUGAGAGGCUAAAAUACAAUGAGUACUCAAUUCCAGCAUUAACUGGAACCUUGCUUCACCAAAUUUUCCAGGCUGGGCUUACAAAAGAUGAUCCUACAGUAAACUUCUUGGAAGAUUACACAGAAGUGGUAGUACAGAGAAACAUUGAAAGUUUGUAUGCAUGUGGAGUAAAUGAAAAUGAUGUUCACAAAACCUUGAUUGAUGCUAUCCCAAGAAUAUUGAGUUGGAUCAUGCUGUUCAAAAAUUCGGAGGAAAGAAAAGACCCUAAUGUUGGAUUUGAUGAUGGGCGGAAGAAAGUUAGCAUAUCUGAGGUAAUUGAUAUUGAAGAGAUGGCAUGGGCUCCAAAAUAUGGUUUGAAAGGGAUGAUUGAUGCUUCGGUGAGAGUGAAAGUUCAAUCAAGAAAAGAUGAACCGGAGGAAAAGAUCAUGCCGAUAGAGUUCAAAACUGGAAAAACACCAAAUAGCCAGUCAUCAGUAGAACAUAGCGCCCAAGUGAUUUUGUACACUCUCCUGAUGUCUGAAAGGUACCAGAAGGCUAUUGAUUCUGGUCUUCUAUAUUAUCUCCAAUCAGAUCAGACACAGGGCAUUAUGGUUCAAAGAUCUGACUUAGUUGGCUUAAUAAUGCGACGUAAUGAGCUAGCAAGUGAUAUUCUUAAGGCAUUAACCUUACAACAAUUACCACCAAUGUUACAGAGUCCUAGCAUUUGCAGAGGUUGUCGCCAUCUGAAUGUUUGUAGCAUUUAUCAUAAGGCAGAUGGUGGAAGCACAAAGAGCAGUGGAUUGGGAGAUAUGUUUGAUUCUCAUACUAAUCACCUGACAUCUUCUCAUUCUAAGUUUCUCUGCCAUUGGGAUCAUCUGAUUGACUUAGAAGCUAAAGAGACUGAGCUUUUAAAGAAAGGGGUGUGGCGAUCACAUAGUUUAAAGGGUCUAAACAGUGGCGGCGUUUCUUCUGUUGUUCUUGAUGCUUCACAAGGAAUUCCUUAUCAGAAAUCUCUCAAAGAUAAUCGUUUCAUUUAUCGUUUUGUACAACAAGAUACUUCUUGCCUCUCUGAAGUUUCUGAUGGUGAUCCUUCUAGUACUUCUUUGAAAAACAAUUUAGAUCUCACACUUCGAAGUGGAGACUAUGUGAUACUGAGCAAUGAAUCUAGCCAUCAAACUAUUGCAAAAGGGGUGAUCUCAGAUGUUUGUCAGACCCAUGUAUCUGUUUCCUUCUCUAAGCGCUUACGAAUUCCUGGGAGGUCUUCCACUACACAUGAUCUCCUUCAACAGGUUUGGAGAAUUGACAAGGAUGAAGUUGUGACUUCAUUUGCAAUUAUGAGGUUUAAUCUUGUCCAACUUUUUCUACAAAAUGAUCAAACUGCUCAUCUGCGGAGGAUGAUUGUUGACCUUGAGGCUCCUAGAUUUGACAGUGGAUCUAUAGCUAGCCAGGAUCCGGCAAUAUCCUAUGUAUGGUCAGAGAAGAGUUUGAAUGAUGAUCAACGUAGAGCAAUUCUCAAGAUACUUACGGCAAAAGAUUAUGCGCUUAUAUUGGGGAUGCCCGGAACAGGGAAGACAUCCACCAUGGUUCAUGCUGUGAAAGCCUUGUUGAUUAGAGGCACAUCCAUUUUGCUGACAGCCUAUACAAACUCUGCUGUUGAUAAUUUACUCAUCAAACUAAAAGCACAGGGCAUUGAUUUUUUACGUAUUGGAAGACAUGAAGCAGUGAAUGAGGAGGUCAGAGGACACUGCCUCUCAGCAACAAAUGUACGGAGCGUUGAAGAUAUCAAAAGAAGGUUAGAGCAAGUCAAAGUUGUUGCAUUUACUUGUCUGGGCAUUUCCAGUCCCUUGCUUGCCAACAUGAGAUUUGAUGUAUGCAUUAUGGAUGAAGCUGGACAGACAACUCUACCAGUGUCCUUGGGCCCUCUAACAUUUGCUUCGAUGUUUGUACUUGUUGGGGAUCAUUAUCAACUCCCCCCAAUUGUCCAGAGUACAGAGGCCCGAGAAAAUGGCAUGGGGAUAAGUUUGUUUUGUAGGCUCUCAGAAGCACAUCCUCAGGCAAUUUCAGCUUUACAGAGUCAAUACCGCAUGUGUCAGGGGAUUAUGGAUUUGUCAAAUGCCUUGAUAUAUGGUGACAGAUUGAGGUGUGGUUCAUCUGAGGUAGCUAAUGCAAAACUAGAGUUUUCUGGAUUAAACUGUGGUUUGUCUUGGCUAGAAGAUGUUUUGAAUCCAGGAAGGCCAGUGAUAUUUAUUGAUACUGACCAGUUGCCCGCUUUAGAGGCAAGAGAUCAGAAGAAUGUAAAUAACCCCGUUGAAGCUCACAUAAUUGCCGAGGUUGCUAAGGAAUUGGUUGCAAAUGGAAUUGGAGGAGAACAUAUUGGCAUUAUCACUCCCUAUAAUUCACAGGCAAACCUCAUCCGGCAUGCUGCUUGCAUAACUUCCUUGGAGAUACACACCAUUGACAAAUACCAGGGUAGAGACAAGGACUGUAUAUUAGUGUCUUUUGUAAGAUCUAGUGAAAACCCAACAAGUUGUGUUGCUUCUUUGCUCGGAGACUGGCGCAGGAUUAAUGUGGCUCUUACUCGUGCCAAGAGAAAGUUGAUCAUGGUGGGGUCUCGUAGAACUCUAUUAAAGGUUCCGCUACUGAAGCUUCUCAUUAAGAAGGUUGAGGAGCAAUCUGGAAUUUUAAGUCCGUCUAAGAAGGAUAUCUAUCGAAAAGGUGAGCUGAAGAGAUGUUCCCAAAUGAGAUGACGAAAAUUCUUUUCCACAUAUUUUGACGGUUUGUGUAAUUGUUAUCAUAUAAUCUUCUAGAUGGUA